AUAAACAUGAAUAGUAAGCAAAAAGUGACAUGCAUUAGGGCUUCUAGUAGUACCUCAUCAUAUUCUACUAAAACUAUCAAUACUCCUUCCACUAAUUUGAAAAUUGCUUUACCAAACUUAGAUGUUGAAAACAUUGAUGAUAAACUUCAACUUUUUUCUGAUUUAAAGCAAAAACGUAUAAUUAAUGAUGAAGAUCAUCAAUUAUUUGAUGAUAAUCUUUUCCAAGGUCACUCAAAACCUGAAAUUGAUAUGUCGUUACCAUCUCAUAACGAUCAUCGUCCUAUGCAUGGGAUAUAUUUGCAAAAUGAGGGUACAAUAUUAGAAAGUGCUGAUGGUGACAAUUCUAAAGGAAAAGAGCUUACGAAGCACAAACGAUCAUGUUCAACUAACGGAGAUCAUGGUGCUACAAGGAAGGUAUCUAAGAAUCGUAUAAAAAGACAGAGGCGAAUUGGUGACAUAUUACAAGAUCUGCAGAAUCUAAUUCCUCAUUCUCAUAAGAAAGACCACGCAUCCAUCCUUGAUGAUGCAGCUGAGUAUAUCAAAUCCUUAAAGCUCCAAAAUGAGAUGAUAUUGGAAUGGAAUGAAAAGAGGCGGCUCCAUCAGAUUCAAUAUGGUCCAACAUUUAUGCCAGUUAUGAUGUCGCCUGCUAUGUACAAGUAUACAAAUUCGUGCCGUAAAUUUUGAUACAACGAACAUACCCACCUACGGACGUAAUGUUAUACUUAUAGUCUUAUACCACAGUCCACAACAAUAGCAUGGGGGUGCAAUUUGUUGCACAUCAUGAUCAACAUUUUUGCUUUCGUUUUAUAUGCAUGCAUGAGUGUGCAAGUAGUUAAUUUUAAAAAUAGUAUUUCAUGUAAGGUUUACUAAUUCGUAUGUGUUUUUUUGUAAUAUUACAGUAGUAUUA